UAUUUUCUAUUGCAUAAACAACAAUUAAUUAGUAGACGUAAUUAUCAUAUAAUAUCUUUAAGUCUUAUCCAAUUAAAGUUCUUAGUGAGAAUAACAUAACUUAAUUUAAUAUACUGCAAUAUCUUCGCUUUUACUUCAAUUUUCUAUUAGGGAGAGAAAGAGAAAGAGAUGGAGAGGGAGAGAGAGAGAAAGAGAGAGAAAGGGAUUUGCAGUUGAAGAACAACAAGGUUGCUCUCUCAGCUUUGCUUGCUUAAUAAACAAUGGCCAGAGGGAAGUUAGGCCAACGGUUAACUUCCCUCCAAACCCUCUGAUUCGCUUGGAAUCAAAGCAAAGCUUUUGCAGUUGCUUAUUGGUCACCAUCUGAGACACCCAACUUCACCUUCCUGACAUACUCUUCACAACCAUCUUGCCCAAUCCUUCUAUAUACAGUUGAAUUCCAAAAACUUUUGUUCAUAUUUGAGGUCCAUCUACAGAUACCCAUAAGAGCUUCUGACCAGCUGCUACAGCCACAGUUGAUUUCUUUAGCUGAGGGACUAAAUUAAACAAACCCACCUGUAGUUGGUGCUUGAAGUUUUCAAUGUAUUGAGCUGUGGGCUUUCUGGGAUUGUGUUAUGUUCGAGUUGGUUUCUGAAUUGCGGGUUUUGGCUUGCUGCAGCUGACAUGCUUGAAGAAAUUCUGAUGGGCUGCCCCACCCACCCAACGGGUAUCUUUUCAUGUUUGCCUCUCAGAGCUCUCAUGAAUGGUGUGACGCUCUGAAUUACAGGCUUUCAACCAAAACCAACUGCUGGUCAGCCACUUUUUUCGUGACUCAACAAUACAAUCUUUGUGAUUUGAAAGACCCUUAUGCCCGUAUUCCGAUUUGGUUAAAUUCAUACAACACUUGGUCAUUGUCAUUACUUGGCAUAUCGCUCUGCAAUAUCUCCAAAUGAAUACCCGGUACUUUUUUCCACCGGACUCCUUGUGCGCUUCAGGCAGUGCGGUUUCAUUUUCAUCAAUUCCUCCGGCAAGACAAGAUGGUGGGGCUGUUGGCAGUCGACACAGGCCUUCUCGUGCUCUCCCUUCUUCGUUCUGGGCAAGGAUGGCGAUGAGGAUCUCUAGAGCAAGGUGGUUCACCUUCUUAAGAAGAGUUUUCCACUACCAAAAUGGAUCAAGAUCUGAUCUGGGCUCUAACCCUUUCAAUUCAAGCACUUGGAUGUUGCUGGAGUUUACAGCUUUGAUUGUUCAAAUAAGCUUCACAACAUUUACUCUAGCCAUUUCCAAGAGGGAGAAGCCUGUUUGGCCCAUGAGAAUCUGGAUUGUUGGUUAUGAUAUUGGUUGUGUGCUUGGUCUGUUGCUUCUCUAUGGGCGCUACCGGCAUCGUCAUCUGACUCAAGGAGAUGGUUUAAGCCUUUCCGAUAUAGAACAGCAGAGGGGCAGCGAAGAAUCCAGGAUCUCACAUUUGAUGAACAAAUGCCGGACUUCACUUGAGCUGUUCUUUGCAAUAUGGUUUGUGAUGGGCAAUGUUUGGGUUUUCGACUCUCGCUUUGGGUCCUUCCUUCGAGCCCCAAAACUUCAUGUUCUCUGUAUCUCCCUGCUGGCUUGGAAUGCCAUCUGCUACUCUUUUCCGUUCCUGCUGUUUUUACUGCUAUGCUGUUGUGUGCCACUAAUUAGCAACCUCGUCGGAUACAACAUGAACAUGGGAUCAACUGAUAAGGGUGCAUCUGAAGAUCAAAUUUCCCAGCUUCCCAGUUGGAGAUAUAAAGAAGUCGACACCAAGUUAGAGCUUGGCAAUGAUACUGAAUGCAAUCCAGAGUUAACAAAUGAAGAUCCAGAAUGUUGUAUUUGCCUAGCUAAGUAUAAGGAGAAGGAAGAAUUGAGACAGCUGCCUUGUUCCCAUGUGUUUCACCUCAAGUGCGUGGAUCAAUGGCUCCAAAUUAUAUCUUGCUGCCCUCUUUGUAAACAAGAACUAGAGAGGUAGAAAGCAAGAUAAUCACUUAGAAGCUGAAGUUUUUACUGGUCUUUCAUUUCAUUUCAUUUCAUUGUUUUUUUUAUUUUUUAUUUUUAAAUUUUCUCACUAUGGCGUGAAUUAUAUGUAUUAACAUGGUUACUCGAGUGAGUAUUGCUUGUACAGUAGAGGUCACCAGUAACCAUGAAUAUACUGAAGUCUACUGUCUUUGAGUAUACACAGCAGGAUAAUGAUGUUGGACUCCUUGCUUCCUAAAGGUAGCCGAGUCUAUUACUCCACCAGGAUUCACCAACACUUGUAUAUGAUUUAAAGAUUUUUGAUUGUCAUUAAAAUGUGAAAUACAUGCACUAAAUAAUGAUUGAGUACUUA